UAAAGGAGAGAAGUGUUGUCUUUGAUACAUGCCAUGGCGGUCGUUAGCAGCUCUAGGCCGCAUAAUUCAGGUGGCCGUCACUACAGCAGUGCUCAUUUACCCACUGGUGUUUCAAGGCGACAAGUUCUUUAAGCUCUCUCACUCUUGGAGAUGUCGACAACACUGGUGAAAUGGCACUGGUUGCAGGGAAUGCAAGUGGAGACCUAGCUGUCUUCAAGGGUGAUAAACAAUGGCAAAUAAUCAAUGGCCUGGGUAUGAUCACAGCAGUGGGUGUAGGUGACAUCCUCAACUGUGGCCUAAAUGCUGUUGUCAUCGUUUGUGGAGACGGUUGGUGCUAUAUUUACCUCUGCCCUGCAGGCAGUGCUAAGCUGGAGUGUGUGCAUAUACAGAGAAUUCCAGCUAAUACUAAGGUGCUUCUCUUGGGAGACAUCGACGAUGAUGGGCAACAGGAACUGGUUUUAGGACUGACAGAUCGUGUUGUCCGGUCAUACCGUUGGUGCUGGAUUGGAGCUCCUAUGGCUAGAGAGACCAUAUUGGCAUUUGCUAAAACAAGUGUCGGCUCUUUAGCUGGACGAGGAGCUUUGGUGUGUUUAAAUAAAUGGGAGUUUGCUCACCAGCUAGGUGCAGUAACUCUGAACCACCAAGCAGGAGGCAAGCCUAGUCUAUUGGUUGCCCAGCCAGGAGGCACUUUUAUGAGAAUUCGUUGCUAUGCUGACUCUGAUAGGACUGAAAUAAACGACUUGGAAGAUAGCAGCAGAUCCAACGCCUUUGGUGAAACAUCUGUUGAUUAUCACCCUCUAUGCAUAAACAGCAUGAGAAACCCUAAUGUUUCAACUGAGAUUCUGGGUGAUAUUGAGACUGGCCGCAAAGAUGACAAUGGAUCUCCUUUCGCUGUUGCAACACUGGAUGGUACAUUGAUGCUGGUUCACAAUGAUGACAUUUUGUGGUCCUUCCAGGUAGAUCAUCAGUUAUUUGCUGUGACAAAGCUAGACAUUACUGGGGAUGGCCAUGAUGAAAUUGUUGUCUGCUCCUGGGAUGGGCAAACGUACAUUUUGGAUUUGGAGAAACAUAGUGUUCGUUUCCAGUUGGAAGAGACAGUAUCUGGAUUCUGUUCUGGGAAAUAUACAUUGGAACCAAACAGCUCUAAACCAUCGAUUCCUGUUCUUGUAUAUGCUACAUUUAAUAACAAAAUCUACAUCUACUAUGAUAUCCACUUACCCAGUAUGCUGACAGAAAACUUUUCCCCUCAUUUAGUUGACUUUAUGCGUGGUUUUGAUCUUCAAGAAAUAGCCAAGAAAAUUCCUAAAUCAAGUGAACAGUAUAAAUACAUAGCCGAAUUUCUAAGCGGUCCCAUAACCACAGACAAAAUGAAAAAACUCACCGAAUUGUGCUUGUAUUUCAGAACAGACCUUGCUCAGCCCUCUGCCCCAAAACCCAUUGAUGGUUAAUGAAAAACCUUUCUUUUGAUUGUUCUAAUUCUACUUGUUCCAUGAUAUUCCAUAACAGAGUACAAAUAGAAUUUUUAGCCCUCCAAUACUAUGUCAAAGAAAAAUAAGACUGUCUUUGUUUUGAUUUUUCUCAUUUACUAAAAAAAUGUUACUUCUUUGAGUGAGUGUCUUCCUUUCCAAACGCUAUGUGUCAAAGCCAUGUUCAUAACAGCUUUUUAUUUCUUUGAUUGUUGUACAUUUUGAUGCUAAAGGAUGUUUUAGAAUUUUUAUUAGAAUUUAUGGAAUGUCCUCUGUUAUGUUGUUAAUUAUCCUUUGACAGGAUGCUUCUCUUGUAAUUCGAUUAUUACUUACAUCUCUAGUCACAAUCAAGUUGAGCCACAAAGCUCUGUCUUUUUUUAACAAAAAAAUAUCAAGUGUUUCUCAAUGUGACAUUGAAAUAAAUGAAACUGUGUGUGCUGAGUAUCACAGCACCACAAAGUCGAAAGGAAAUUGUAUUUCUUAAUGGUUUGACUUUAAUUAAAAUAGAUUUCUGUACAUUGUAUGCUACAUUAUAAAAACGAUUAAAAGAGGAAUGGAAGCUAAAGGAAAA